AUGUCCAUACUACAGCCGGUUAGGCAUCUCGGCUGUCUGUCCGAGUCGUUCCUGUUCGAUGUGGAUGAUUUCGCAAUGUCGUUGAAACUUGACAAAAAGGUAGACGAUUUCGUGACGCUGAUGUAUGCGAAGGGGUUGUGGUCGCUGGUUGACCCGGGCGAAUCGGUUGGACUUUUAGCCGCACAGAGCAUCGGCGAACCAUCAACGCAGAUGACUUUGAACACGUUCCAUUUUGCCGGUCGCGGCGAAAUGAACGUCACACUUGGCAUUCCGCGUCUCCGGGAGAUCCUGAUGACCGGAUCAGAAAAUAUUGCUACACCUACUAUGCAGGCACCGUUUCAUGCUCACGUGUCAAAGGCAGCCGCGGAAACUUUACAACGAAAGAUGAACAGAGUACAUCUUCAAGAGGUUUUGGAGAGCAUUUCCAUCAAGGAAGUAGUGAAUAUAUCUGAGUCAGCGUACCGUGAAUAUACGAUUCUGAUAACCGUUCUGAAGCGCAAAGAAAGGCAGCUAUCGACCCGUCAUAUUCCCUGUGAAGCUGUUCUUCGGCAAAUGGAACGCGCGUUGUUCAAACGAAUCGCGGCUCAUGCACGAAGAUUAUGCAAAGCUGCGUAUAAUAUUGGAAAGCAGGAGGAAAAACAGUCCAUUGAAGAACUGGGAGCCGGAGCCGAAACAUGGGACGAAGCGGUACAUAAGUCAGGCGCAGAAUCAUCUGACGAUGAGGAACUGAGUCCCGUCGAUGCUGACGCUGCGGAUGUUCAGCGGAAACAGCGACACAAUGACGAAAACGAUUAUCUUGGCGAAGAGGAAGAAAAGGAAGAAAUCGAUAUCGCAGAUUCGAAUACGAUAGAUUUGACAUUUGCAGAGCCACCUGAGCCCUCCGUCGUUUCUGAAGUCAUGGGAACAACUACAGAGGACACCUUUGCUAACCGCGAUCUCCAUGCCCUCGAAAGCCAACGAGUAAAAGUCUUCAUAUUGUUCAUAAUAAAUAGCUUUAACUUUUUCCAGGAAGUGCUUCGCUCUGAUGCCUGGAUCACUGAUUACUGUUAUGACCCGAAACACAACCGUUGGUGUAAAGCCAGUCUAAGAGUGAGUUGUAAAGUGGUUCAGAUACCGAUAUUUUACGGAAUGGUCGACAUUCGAUUCAUAGUGAAAGAAGAAAUACAAAGGUUGGACAUCCAGUCGGUUCCGAACGUCGAGCGAUGCAUCCUCAGCGAGAACGCUGACAAGACCUUGAUUCUACAGGCUGAAGGCAUCAACCUCGAAGUGCAGUUUUUGUUUCUCAGUUUUGUUCAUACACCAGCGAUAAUUACUGACCCAUGUGCUUUAUUCCAGGCGUUGAUCGAUCACCCUGAUUUACUUGACGUUAACAAGAUCUAUUGCAACGAUAUUCAUAAGAUUGAAAAGAUGUAUGGCAUUGAAGCAGCCGUCAGAGCUUUGAUGAAGGAAACGAAAAUGGUUUUCAGCAGCUAUGGCAUUAAUGUUGAUUACCGUCAUUUGUCAUUGCUGUCGGACUACAUGACGCAUACCGGCAAGUACGAAGCGUUCAACCGAAAGUAUAUGGGGCUGUCGUCGUCGCCGUUGCAGAAAAUGACCUUUGAAACUACCACAAGCUUCCUGAAGGAUUCACUGCUCUUAGGUACCGCUUCCGCGUCAAUUUUCAUUUUAUAA